AUGGCUCAACCAUGCGUGAUUACAACAUGUAAACGUGUUUCACAAACGUUAUGUUAUGGAUGCAAUCAAAAUUUUUGUCGUGAACAUAUGGUUGAACAUGAUUUAUCUCUCAAUUCACAAUUAAAUCCCUUAUCGGAUGAAAUUAAUGCAUUGGGCGAACGCUUAAAAUCGCUUAAUCUUGAAAAUGCCAUUGGAGAUUCGCACAAAAAACUUGAACAAUGGCGUAUUGAUUGCCACAAAACGAUUGAUUAUUUUUUUGAGCAAAAAUGUCGAGAAUUAGAUCGAUGUAUUGCAAAAAAAAUGGAAAGAAAACGUGAAGAAAUAAGUCGAAUGCGAAAAAAAAUGUCGGAAUUAAUCAGCGAACAAGAAGCAACACAUAAAGACAUUGAUUCGUUAACCGUAACUGUACGUGAUCUUGAACGUGAAAUAAAUAAAAUUGAACAAACAUCAUUUCAAGUUGAAACAAAAGCUUUAGUCCUGGACGAUAGUUUAAUACAUAUUGAAAAUUCAGAUGUCAGUCGUUUUGAUCUAACAUCAUUAUCGUCAAUCUAUAAAACAAUUAAUUAUCCAAGAGAAAAUUGGGCACCAUUAGCAUGUAACAAUCAUCAUUUAUUAAUACAUCAAGAACCAAAUUUAUGUUUAGUUGAUCAAGAUUUAAAUAUAGUGAAAAAAAAUUCUUGGAUAUACGGAACAAUUUAUGAUACGUGUUGGUCGUCAACAUUGAAUCAUUUUAUUGUCAUAAAUGGUAGUGACGUUUUUCUCGUCGAUGAAACUCAAAUGUCUAUUGAAAAUGUUCGAACGCUUCAAAAGCGUAAAUGGUUAUCAUGCACAACAUCUGAAACAUCAUUAUUCUUAUCAACGAAAGUGUGGGGUUCAUCAAUAAUGGAAUUUAGUUUGGUGCCAACCAUUGAACUCGUCAAGCAAUGGCAAUCGCCCGAUACAUGUACGCGUGAUGAGGUAAUUAAUGGGAUUGUUUAUAAUAAUGGCACACUUGCUAUGAUGAUUAAAAAUCCAUCAGAAAAAACUAUACAUAUUGAAUUGAGAUCAUCCGCUACAUUAGAUCGACUUUGGUCUCUUAGACUUAAUAUAGCAUAUAGUCAAAAUAUACGUACGCGCUGUUGUCUACUAUCUAAUGAGCAAUGGCUCGUAGUCGAUCGAAAUACGUCACGCAUAUUUCAUAUAUCGAAAGAUGGAAAAAUCAAAGCGUCCAGUGCGUAUAAUCCGCCGCCAUUUUGUGCUGUAUUUUUCGAUCAUGACAUGCUAGCGAUUUCAACGGCUCGUGGUGUAAACGUACAUAAACUCUAG